UGCGCGAGGCGCCGCGGGGGAGGCGGGGCGGGGCGGCUGUCGCCUCCUCCCCGCUCCCCCCGCGCCGGGCCUGCGUGCGCCGCCGCGCCACCAUGAAGGCCGUCGUGCAGCGGGUGGCCCAGGCCAGCGUCACAGUGGGCAAUGAACAAAUAAGCUCCAUAGGACGAGGCCUCUGUGUGCUGCUGGGCAUUUCCUUGGAAGAUACGCAAAGGGAGCUGGAGCACAUGGUUCGAAAGAUCUUAAACUUGCGAGUGUUUGAAGAUGAAAGUGGGAAGCACUGGUCCAAAAGUGUGAUGGAUAAACAGUAUGAAGUGUUGUGUGUCAGCCAGUUUACUCUCCAGUGCAUCCUGAAAGGAAACAAACCUGACUACCACAUGGCAAUGCCUACAGAGCAGGCGGAGUGUUUUUACAACAACUUCCUAGAGCAGCUAAGAAAAGCCUACAAGCCAGAGCUUAUUAAAGAUGGUAAGUUUGGCGCCUACAUGCAGGUACACAUCCAGAACGAUGGUCCUGUAACAAUAGAACUGGAGUCCCCAGCUGCCACUGUUGACCCUAAACAGCUGACAAAACUUGAAAAACAGCAACAAAGGAAAGAGAAGACCAGAACCAAGGUACCUUCUGAAUCAAGUAGAGAAAGAAAUGCCCCUCGUAACAAGGAUGACCCCAGUGCAAGCAGCGGAGCAGAAGGAGAUGUGUCUUCGGAGAGAGAGCCUUAGCUAAUCCAAAGCAGGCCUCAGUUUCUUGUACAAAAGCUACACUGGAUUCUUGAAGAGAGACCUAAAAGACAUUCACCUCAGCACCACUCUUCAAAGACUUUGGAAAAGAAUGAAAAAUGGGAAAAGUAGAAUGAAGACAAUAGAAACUGGUAUCAUUCUGUAUUGAAACAACCAAAGCAAUGUUAUCAGAUUCAGUCAUUAAUGUGUAGCUUCAGUAGUAAAAAAGGACUUGUAACAUUUGUGUGUGUGUAUUUUCACAUGACUGCUGAAUGAAGGAUGACUGUAGACGGAUAGUAGCAGAACAGUCUCUGUCAGUACAUAUGCUCCAUUUCAGAAAGAAAUCAGGGUUUUUCCUUAAAUUUACACUUGAAUUCUGAAAAUUAAUGAGCAAGCUUGUAUUUUGAUUCUUAUAGUGUCCUGUGCUGCCUGUUUCCAUGGCAGUGUGUAUGUCUUACGUAUAUUUUGGUAUACUGUUCAGCUGCUAUGUAACACCAAGUUAGACAGCCCAGUCUUUCUGCAUGGAUUAAGAUAUUAAAUGAAAAACUCGGCCACCAGUCAUUUAUCAUGUGAAACAAAUGUCUUGUAAACUUUUUUAAAACCAGGAAAGACUUUAUUAAAGAAAUGAUGUGAGCUAA